GUCACAGGCAUGUGCACUUCCGUUUCCGGUGUGUCCUGGAGCCAUGGCUACCGCCAAAGAGGUGACGCUUCUGUUGACAUGCUGCAGAUGGUGCCGGAGCCUUCGAGGACCCCAGUCCCGAGCAUUCGCCGCCCUCGUGCCCGGUGUGUCCCAGGUAGACAACAAUUCCGAUUUUCUGGGGAAGAAGCCCCAUCGUAAGCAUCCUGGCAUCCUGCGUCUUCCGCACGUCCGGCUGCCGCAAGCACUGACUAACGCCGCGCAGUUACUGCUUCUUGAGAGACCCGUCCGCAUUACAGAGAAGCAGGUGCAGGCGCUCUCCAACUAUCUCUGGAGCCGACAUUUGCCGGUAGAGGCGGAGGAGUUGCAAAGACGAGCUGUGAACCUUGAGAAAAAAUUCCUGGAAAACCAAGACUCAGCUCAGACAGAGGAGAAACUUCGUGAGGCAGUACUGCAUGCCCUGCGCCGGACCACCUACCAUUGGCAGAAGCUCAGCUAUAAUGAAGAACUGAGUCUGAUAUACAUGGCAGCAAGAUUGGACGGUGCUUUCGCGGCAGUUUUCAGAGCGUUCCAUGAGAUCCAGACUCGAGUUCCAGAGUUCCAGCCACAGACGCUGAUGGACUUUGGAUCCGGCACUGGUUCUGUUGCCUGGGCUGCUCACAGCACUUGGGGCCAGAGCCUCCGUGAAUAUGUGUGUGUGGACAGUUCAGCUGCCAUGUUGGGUUUGGCUGAAAAGCUACUAAAAGGUGGUUCAGAGUCAGGGAAGCCCUGUAUCCCCGGUGUCUUCUUCAGACAGUUUCUACCUGUGUCACCGAAGGUCCAGUUUGAUGUGGUGGUGUCAGCCUUCGCCCUCAGUGAACUGCCCAGCAAGGCUGACCGCACUGAGGUAGUUCGGAACUUGUGGCGUAAGACAAGCCAUUUUCUGGUGUUGGUAGAGAACGGAACGAAAGCUGGGCACCGUCUGCUCAUGGAGGCCAGGAGCCUGGUCCUCCAGGAAAAAGAGAAGUCCCCUUUGGAUCUUCAGCCUGGCUUUGUCUUUGCCCCAUGUCCCCAUGAGCUCCCUUGUCCUCAGCUGACAGCUUCCAAGCCCCUGGCCUGUAGCUUCUCCCAGGCUUAUCAUCCUAUUCCCUUCAGCUGGAAUAAGAUGCCGAAAGAGGAAACAUUCUCUUUGGUAAUCCUUGCCAGGGGGUCUCCAAAGGAGGCUCAUCGCUGGCCCCGUGUCACUCAGCCUGUCCUUAAACGGCCUCGCCAUGUGCACUGCCACCUCUGCUGUCCAGACGGGCACAUGCAGCACGCUGUGGUCACAGCCCGGCGGCAUGGCAGGGAUUUGUAUCGCUGUGCCCGCGUCAGCUCCUGGGGAGACCUUCUACCUGUGGUUGCUCCAUCCCCUGCUGAAGAGCCCACGGAGAGUUGACAAGGAUGUGGAUGCGGAUGUGACAAGUGUUUCCUUCCAUCACACCUGCCAAGGCCGAGGCUACCUGGUGUCCAGGAAGACAGUGCUGAACAACCUCAGUUCCCAGCAGGAAAUGAAAUGGCAGUCAGAAGCCGUGACAGGUGAGGCAUGGUGGCCCAUGCCUCUAAUCACAGCGCAGGAGAAGCAGAGGCGGAAAAAAUUUCUACAAGUUUAUC